AUGCAGACUGCUCUGCAAACAUUUAUGAAAGAAUGGGUAGCUCUCAGCAGCUCAGUGAAUUCAAGCGUGGUACCGUAAUAGGUUGCCACCUGUGCAAUAAGUCCAUCCAUGAAAUUUCCUUGCUACUAAAUAUUCCAUGGUCAACUGUUAGUGGUAUUAUAACAAUGUGGAAGCAGCUGAGAACAACAGCAAAUCAGCCACAAAUUGAACAGGGUCAGAGCAUGCUGAAGUGCACAGUGCACAGAAGUCAUCAACUGUCUGCAGAGUCAAUAGCUAAAGACUUCUAAACUUUGUUUGACCUUCAGAUUAGCACAAUAGUGCUUAGAGAGCCUCAUGGAAUGGGUUUCCAUGGC